GGCAAUUCUGUAGGAGGGACUGUUUCUGCAAGAUUGAAAACAUCAGGUGCUGCUUUCGCAAUUUUUGGAAAAUAUGGACUCAAAAUGAGAAGCCCACAACCAAGAAGACUCUCAUAUUUAAAGCCUGGUCGAAAUAGGGUUUCUUCGUCACUCCAAUCCACCAACCGCCCUCCCCGCUUCACUUCACCUCCCGCCGCGCCGGCCGACAUCCAUCGACCUUCAUCAAUGGCGUCGGAGAAGAAGCUGUCGAACCCGAUGCGGGAGAUUAGGGUCCAGAAACUGGUCCUCAACAUCUCCGUCGGCGAGAGCGGCGAUCGCCUCACCAGAGCCGCCAAGGUGUUGGAGCAGCUCAGCGGCCAAACGCCCCUUUUCUCCAAAGCGAGGUACACUGUUCGUUCCUUUGGGAUUCGGCGUAACGAAAAGAUCGCGUGCUAUGUGACGGUCAGGGGUGAGAAGGCAAUGCAGCUUCUGGAGAGUGGUUUGAAAGUGAAGGAAUAUGAGCUGCUUAGAAGAAACUUCAGCGACACCGGCUGUUUUGGGUUUGGUAUCCAGGAGCACAUUGAUCUAGGAAUUAAGUAUGAUCCUUCUACGGGUAUUUAUGGAAUGGACUUCUAUGUUGUCCUCGAGCGCCCUGGGUACAGAGUGGGACGCCGCAGGAGGUGCAAGUCCCGUGUUGGGAUCCAGCACAGGGUUACCAAGGAGGAUGCGAUGAAGUGGUUCCAAGUUAAGUACGAGGGUGUCAUCCUUAACAAGUCCCAGUCCAACACUGCUUAAGAAGACCCUCUAGGAAGAUUUUUCAUUUCAUUUUUUGUUUCGGCUUAAGCCAAAUGAUAGCGGAUCCAUGAUUUUGCUCUAGACUUGCAGAUUGUUUUUUCACUUUAAUUUUGCUCUUGGGAAGGUGUUCGUGUGACUUACUGAUGGUAUUGAGAUUUAGUUAUGGAAGCAAUUUUUCAAGACGAUAA